GGACUGUGCGCAGGCUCAGAAGGGCGGGGAACUCGGCUGAGUGUUGGCGAUUCGGAGCUGCUGGAUCUGUCCGCGAUGGCAGAAGUGGAGGAAACACUCAAGAGGCUUCAGAGCCAGAAAGGAGUACAGGGCAUCAUUGUGGUGAAUACAGAAGGCAUUCCCAUCAAGAGCACAAUGGACAAUCCCACCACUACACAGUAUGCCAAUCUCAUGCACAGCUUCAUCUUGAAGGCGCGGAGCACUGUGCGAGAGAUUGACCCCCAGAAUGACCUAACCUUCCUUCGAAUUCGAUCCAAGAAAAAUGAGAUUAUGGUGGCCCCAGAUAAAGACUAUUUCCUGAUUGUGAUUCAGAAUCCAACUGAAUAAUCCACUGUCUUGGCUUCCUGUGUCAUUCCUUAAUUUAAUGUCCCCCAAGAAUAAUAGUGUUAAUCAUGUCAGUGGGCACAUGGUGGUUGCCUGAGAGCCCAUGAAGACCAUGCCAUUGAUCAAGGGUAGCUCUGCGCACCCACCAAGGAGUGCCUCUGAUGGCCCGCCAGUCCCAGCACAGCUCAGUUCUCCUUUCCAGGCUUGGGAUGAGAGCGUAUGUUCUCAUGAUGAGAGUAGUAUGAACCCAGCUUCCUUCUGACCUUCAGUUCCUUUGUCCUCUUGGAAAGCUGUUUUGUUUCUUAAACUAAAACUUACUUCAACCCCCUA